UUGCUGCCAUCGAUGGAGCAAUAUGGACCAUUCGUUUAAUUUUUCAUCAAUUAUUACAGUGUUGCUAAAAAUGACCACAUAUGUUGCUUUCUAGAUAUUUCAUAACUGGAAAGAUUAGAUCAAGGAUUCGAUGCAUGCACUGAAAUCAAAACACGUGUCUCUAGAUUGUUCAAAACACAUCUCACGGUACGCCACUUGCUAAAGAAUUGAUCAACAGUUGCCCUCUUGAAAUAGAUUAUAUUUUAACGAUAUUAAAAGAGCCUUUUAGUUGCAAGUGAUUGACAAAAGUGAAGUGCAAUGGCAGGCCUAAGUUGAAUCAGCUGAUCCACAAACCGAGGAAUGAAGUAAUGGUUCCGAAUUUGGUGGCCUCCUUACAACUAUCACAAGCCUGGAACUUCGUCCUUAAACCCCAUGGAUCUCAACCACCUCGUGUUUUCUCUCCUGUGCGCAAUGCUUUACUCAGGCAGAGCAUUCGGUGACUUAGAAGAAGAGAAAACCCAACUCAGAGAAAAAAUGACAGGCCUACUCAAAAAAAUGUCAAACGGGUCCCGCUCGUUUGAGUCAGAUAUGGCUAUAUUUAAGUUAAUCAAUCUACCUAAUUUAAUUAGGAUGCGUAGAAGCAUCGGCGUGUACUUAAAUACAGAACUAGAGCCCCACACAGAGAAAUUAAUAGCGAACAUCCUCAGUAGUGGAAAACGAUGCUAUAUACCGAGGCGGAACGGAACUGGUAUGGACAUGGUCAUUCUGCGCUCUAUGGAAGAGUAUGCGGAGUUGAAAGUGAAUGAGCUAGGUUUCAAAGAGCCUGAUCCUCAUGAAUUUCGAGAAAAUGCUCUCUCUGAUGGUGGUGUAGACGUUCUAAUUAUGCCAGGUUUGGCUUUUACCUUAAAUGGGAAAAGGUUGGGACGUGGUAGAGGUAUGUACGAAAAGUAUCUUGAGAGCAUUCGACCGAGGUUCAACCCAACUCUCAUUGGCUUGGCAUUCGAGGUCCAGAUCCUGAGAGAGAUUCCCCAUGACGAGCAUGACAUCAAACUUGAUACAGUGGUGCAUUCUAAGUACAGAGGAAGCGCCAUGUUCUGAUAGCUACAACUUGAAUAAAGCGAAUAGGUGCAUGAAGCAUUUUAAUUUGUGCUUUAAAAUCGAGAAAAAUAUUUUUCCUAGCAUUAAGUAGCUGACUGUUGGCAGAAUGAGAGAUUUGUGAUCUUAAGCACAGUUAUCACAACUUCUGAAUGAAAACUGCCAAAGGUUUCCAAUUAUUUGAGAUUUUAUAAUUAAUUAUUUUGUAUUUAUCUUGUGGCGUGGAAACCGUGCCUUGCCGCUUACACCUUUUGCGAACUUUAGGCUAUUGAAAAUAUAAAGGGAGGUCAGAGUCAACAGUCUAUGCCUGAAAUACCUAGGGCGGCAGUGAGCAUUCCAAGGCAUAUUAAACAUAAUACUGAUAUGAUGAUACUAACUCGAGUUAUUUAGGUAUUCUUGAUGAUAGAAGUCUUCAACGCGAUGGGAUUUUCACAUGUUGCAGUAUUGUGCAAAAAUAGUCUACUCACGUCAAAACUUCGAGAAAAUUUUUUCAUCUACCUCAGGCUAUAUAAGACAUGAUUUUUCAUCAGGCACAUUGUAAAUAUCUCUAAGGCAGAAAAUUUCCUCUGAACUGGUUUUUAAAGUUCAACCCUAAAAUCUAACAUGGUAAUAUUUCAAAACAAA